UAAACCGCAAAAGGAACAUGCUAGUUGCAUACCCAUAACCACAUAACCGUCCCCGGAAUCGUGCAUGUCAAUGUGCUAUCGAACGGGCAUUUAUUUAUUUAUUCAUCUAUUUACCAUCACGUAAUUAUGUGUAUUAGUAGAGCCUUAUAAUUACAUUGCAUAUGUACCGAGUUGGUACACAAACCUUACGCCAGUAUUGUGUGGCACGUGUGGUCCUGUGCAGGUUCCGCCGCUCAAGCACGCCAUGUUCGAGGGGCGCGAUGUGCAGCACCUUAGGAAGCUGCAACUGUACCAAUCUUUUCAACUGUACCUACGCUGCGCGCAGCUGCUGAGCAAUGUACCAUGCUGUCUGGCCCGAGACCUACCUUCUAGGGCGUACUUUAAGCAGGCCCGAUGUCUGCUCACCGCCGGUACGUUCAUCUGGGUGAUACUGUGCUGCUACCAAGCGACCGUAAAGCUGCUCGAACUGCCGAUUCCGUUCUUUACCGCCGUACUGUACGUGAACGAGAUGGUGCUGAACCUAUGCAUCACCGUGCAGACCAUGCUCAGGGGCUACAGUGAGACGGUACGGUACAGCCAAUGUCUGGAGCGGAUCGUUACCGUUGCCGCGACAGUGUCGUCGUCCGAGUGGACUGAACUGCUGCUCUACCUUCGCCUCAGGCUGUACUGGUUCGGGAUAUUUUUUACUCUUACCUCCGGUGUGGGGCUCGCGGUGGCUCACUUGUUCUUUGGGGGCAUUUGGUCAACACUGUUCACCAUGGGCGCCUAUGUGCUGCCGAACAUGCUGGCGAGCAUGUCGCUAGCACAGUACUAUGCCGGUACGGUACUAAUUUACAAGCUGCAGCAUACAGUUAACCAACAGCUGCGUACUGCCAUUGGCAAGCAUCGCGCAGUACGGUUGCAGGAGAUCAAGCACCUUUACCUACAGCUAGACCACUGCGUACAGCUGAUGACGCGCUCGUACGAAGUGGCGAUCGUGACGAACGUGUUCCUCGCCAUCAAUGUCACCAGUUUGCUGCUGCUGGAGAUCUACCAGUACUUGCAGGCUAACGAACUUCAAGCGAACUCCAUCUACAUCGUGAGCAACGUGAUGUGGCUAGCUCUGUACAUCUGUCUACUUCUUAUGGUGCUUUACCCAUGCGACAUGAUCAAACGCGAGAUGGCACUCCUGCGAUUGCUAACACUCGGCAGAAAGCGGAUCGUCCCGACAGCCUGCGGUUUGCUGAAGCUCGAGCUGUCUUCACUAUCCUCGGUAAGCGGCCGGGUGGUGCGUUUCUACACGCUCAUCCUCGUUCUCACCUUCUGUUUGCAGAUCUUUGUUGCGCUCCUUUCGUUCAUGAUCAUACUGAUACAGUUCGAUUCGGCCAAGCUGAACAAACGCGACGGGCGCGUCACGGCGAUCGAUCAACUUUACACCCCCACCAACUCAUAAAGCUGCUGGGGGGGAUCCUGUUGCGGUGUGCUGCUCCAGCAUAUCGAGCAUUAUUUGGCGCCUGUCCGUUACGCACCGUAUGUAAGCGUCGAGUGAUUCGGUCCCGUUCAGACACGUGUGCAGAUUGGCCGCU